AUGGUUAACUUCACAGUUGCGCAAAUCAGAGCUUUGAUGGACCAGGUUACGAAUGUCCGUAACAUGUCCGUCAUUGCUCACGUGGAUCACGGUAAAUCUACAUUGACCGAUUCUUUGGUUCAGAGAGCUGGUAUUAUUUCUGCCGGUAAAGCUGGUGAGGCCAGAUAUACUGAUACCAGAAAGGAUGAGCAGGAAAGAGGUAUUACCAUUAAGUCUACUGCCAUCUCUCUUUACGCUGAGAUGACUGACGAUGACGUUAAGGAGAUCGAAGGUGAGACCAUAGGUAAUAGUUUUUUGAUUAACUUGAUUGAUUCCCCCGGUCAUGUUGAUUUUUCUUCAGAGGUUACUGCCGCUUUGAGAGUUACCGAUGGUGCUUUGGUUGUUGUGGAUACCGUUGAAGGUGUCUGUGUCCAGACCGAGACCGUUUUGAGACAGUCUUUAGGUGAACGUAUCAAGCCUGUUUUGAUUAUCAACAAGGUUGAUAGAGCUAUUUUGGAAUUGCAGGUUGACAAGGAAGAGUUGUACCAAAUUUUUUCCAGAACUAUCGAGUCUGUUAACGUUGUCAUCUCCACCUAUCAGGACAAAGUUCUUGGUGAUGUUCAGGUCUAUCCUUACAAGGGAACCGUUGCUUUCGGUUCUGGUUUGCACGGUUGGGCUUUCACCAUUAGAGAAUUUGCUGACAAGUACUCCAGCAAAUUUGGUGUUGACAGACAGAAGAUGAUGGCCAGAUUAUGGGGUGAUCAUUUCUUCAACCCUAAGAACAAGAAGUGGACCAACAAGGGUACCGACCACAAGGGCAAUACUUUGGAGAGAUCUUUCAAUAUGUUUGUUUUGGACCCUAUUUUCAAACUUAUUAAUGCCAUCAUGAACGGUAAGGUCGAGAAUGCCAGACUUAUGAUCGAGAAAUUGGGAGUCCAGUUGAAGGGUGAUGAGAAGGACUUGGAAGGUAAGCCAUUGAUGAAGGUCGUCAUGAGAAAGUUCUUACCUGCCGCUGAUGCUAUGUUGGAGAUGAUCAUCUUACAUUUGCCAUCUCCAGUUACUGCUCAGAAGUACAGAGCAGAGCUUUUGUAUGAAGGUCCAAAGGAUGACGCUAACUGCAUUGCCAUCAAGAACUGUGAUCCUAAAGCAGGUUUGAUGUUGUACAUUUCCAAGAUGGUUCCUACCUCUGAUAAGGGUAGAUUCUACGCCUUUGGUCGUAUCUUCGCCGGUACCGUUAAAUCCGGUAUGAAGGUUAGAAUCCAAGGUCCUAACUACAUACCUGGCAAGAAGGAUGACUUGUUUGUCAAGGCUAUCCAGAGAACCGUUUUGAUGAUGGGACGUUUUGUCGAGGCCAUUGACGACUGUCCAGCCGGUAAUAUUGUUGGUUUGGUCGGUAUUGAUCAAUACUUGUUGAAGAGUGGUACUUUGACCACCGAUGAGUCCGCUUACAAUAUGAAGGUGAUGAGAUUCUCUGUCUCUCCCGUUGUCGAGGUUGCCGUUGAUGUUAAAAACGGUAACGACUUACCUAAGUUGGUUGAGGGUUUAAAGAGGUUAUCCAAGUCUGACCCUUGUGUCAAAUGUUACAUGUCUGAGUCUGGUGAGCAUAUCGUUGCUGCUACUGGUGAGUUACAUUUGGAGGUUUGUUUGCAGGAUUUGGAGCAGGACCAUGCUGGUGUUCCAUUGAAGGUUUCUUCUCCUGUUGUUUCCUACAGAGAGACUGUCGCUGCCAAGUCUUCUAAGACUGCUUUGUCCAAGUCUCCUAAUAAGCAUAACAGAAUUUACUUGAGGGCCGAGCCUAUGACUGAAGAGUGUACUGUGGGUAUCGAGAAUGGUAAGGUGAAUGUCAGAGCCGAUCUUAAGGUCAGAGCUAGACAGAUGGCUGAUGAUUACGGUUGGGAUGUCACGGAUGCCAGAAAGAUCUGGUGUUUCGGUCCUGACGGUCAAGGUCCAAAUGUUGUUGUUGACUCGACCAAGGCUGUUCAGUAUUUGAAUGAAAUCAAGGAUCAUGUCAAUUCCGGUUUCCAGUGGGCAACUAAGGAAGGUCCAGUUAUUGGUGAGCAGAUGAGAGGUAUCAGAUACAACAUGUUGGAUGUCACUUUGCAUGCUGAUGCUAUUCACAGAGGUGCUGGUCAGAUUAUGCCAACCAUGAGAAGAGUUACAUUUGCUGCCAUGUUAUUGGCUGAGCCAAGAAUUCAGGAACCUGUCUUUAUGGUUGAGGUUCAGUGUCCUGAAACUGCUAUCGGUGGUAUCUACUCUGUUCUUAACAAGAAGAGAGGUCAGAUUAUUUCUGAAGAGCAGAGACCUGGUACUCCAUUGUUCACUGUCAAGGCUUUCUUACCUGUCAAUGAAUCCUUUGGUUUCACCGGUGAGUUGAGACAGGCUACCGGUGGCCAAGCUUUCCCACAGAUGAUCUUCGAUCACUACGCUACCAUGACUGGUGACCCAACUGAUAGCACCUCUAAAGCCGGUGAGAUUGUUCAUGAAACCAGAAAGAAAAGAGGAAUGAAGGAGGAUGUUCCAAGUUACGAGGAAUAUUACGACAGAUUGUAA